ACGAAGCGCAUCGACUCAAUGGCUCCUCUCACGCGUCUGUUUGCCCUCGCGGCCUCCCUCGUGGUCUCCUCUGCAACGACAAUCGCUGAGAUCAACGGCAACAGUUACCUGUCGCCCCUCAAGGACCAGACUGUGUCUAACGUGACCGGUGUGAUUAUUGCGAAGGGACCUGCGGGUCUCUGGAUCCGUUCGACAACGCCUGACCGCGACGAGCGUACCUCUGAAUCCGUUUACGUUUAUGGUAGUACGUUUGGUGCCAACUUGACUGUGGGCGAUGCCAUCACCCUAGGAGGAAAGGUGACAGAGUACCGCAGCAGCAAAGACUACAUCUACCUGACGGAGAUCACAAUUCCGGUCCUUGAAAAAGUUAUCAGCAAGGGCAAUAAAGUGACACCGCUUGUCAUUGGAAAAGACACUGGCAACCCGCCUACAGAGCAGUACAGCAGCCUGGAUGGAGGUGACGUCUUCGCGGUGCCGAACAACAAGUCCCAAAUCAGCGUUGCGAAUCCUACUCUCGAGCCAAAGAAGUUUGGACUCGACUUCUGGGAGAGCUUGAGUGGCGAGCUGGUCACAGUCAAGAAGGCGAGGGCGCUCACAAAACCGAACCAGUACGGUGAUACCUGGGUUGCUGGAAGCUGGAAGGCCACCGGAAACAACGAUCGCGACGGUCUCACCAUGACCGAUAAAGACGCCAACCCAGAAGCCAUCAUCGUCGGCACACCGCUCGAUGGCACCAAUAACCCCACCGAGACUCGUAUGGGCGACAGUCUCGAAGAGAUCACCGGCGUAGUCACCUACGCAUUCGGUUACUACCGCAUCUUGCCCUCAACUGCUCUGAAAGUCACUGGUUCGAAGGAGCCCUUGACACCCAAGCCCACGAAGCUGGAAUCGAAGAACGACUGCGGCGGCAUCACCUUCGGCGCAUACAAUGUCGAGAACCUGGCGCCAACAUCCUCGCAUCUGCCUCAUGUCGCCGAGCAGAUUGUCGAUUACCUGAAGAGCCCGGAUGUCGUGUUCAUCCAGGAAGUCCAGGACGAUAACGGUGCGACAAACAAUGCAGUCGUGUCCGCAAACCUUACCCUGACCACCCUUACCAAGGCUAUCAGCGCCGCCGGAGGUCCGAACUACACCUUCGUCGACAUCGCUCCCGUGAACAACCAAGACGGAGGCGCGCCCGGAGGCAACAUCCGCGUCGCGUAUCUGUACAAGCCGUCGCUUGUGCGUCUCUACAAGCCCAAUCCAGGCGGCUCUCUCAACAAGACCGAGGUCAUCAACGGCCCUGCGCUCAGCUUUAACCCUGGCCGCAUCGAGCCUGCGAGCGCGGCCUGGACAUCGAGCCGCAAGCCGCUCGUCGCACAGUGGGAAGUCAUUGGCAAAAAGGGCGUCAGCUCGGGCAACUUCUUCACCAUCAACGUGCAUUUUGGCUCCAAGGGAGGGAGCAGCAGCAUCAUGGGGGAUGCGCGACCUCCUGUCAACGGAGGUGUGGAUAAGAGACUGGAGCAGUCGACACUGACGGCGAACUUUGUCAAGGAAAUCCUCAGCAAAGACAAGAACGCCCGUAUCAUCACAGCCGGCGACUUCAACGAGUUCACCUUCGUCGAGCCGAUGAAGCAGUACGUGUCCGUAUCAGGACUGAAGGACAUGGACGCUGUCGCCGGCAUCGAUGAGUUGGAGCGCUACACGUAUCUGUUCGACAUGAAUGCGCAGCAGCUGGACCACAUGUUUAUCUCACCCAGCCUGACCAGCAAGGCAAAGUACGAGCAUGUCCAUCUGACGACGUGGGUUUCGUACGACGAACAGGUGUCCGACCAUGACCCCAGUGUGGCACGUAUGGACGUGUGUGUGUAGUUUGUACAGGCUGGAGGCACAGCGUACGCCACUGUUCAACAGCAGGAUAGACACAAUAAGAACAUCGCACAUGAAGCUAACAACAAACAUAUCACGAAUAUUGAAGGACGC